AUGUACAAAGAUUCGGCGGUUGAGAACGCUGUGCGGGCGGGGAAUUUGCGCAACGCUUUGGUUCUGGUUUCCAAGAAAAUCAAGGAGCAUCCCAAUAGCUCGUAUUUCUAUGCUCUAGAGGCCGAGAUCCUGGCGCUGUCGGGGAGAAGACACGAAGCUGAGUCUAAGGCUAACCAGCUGUUGGACAAACUCCCAAGCGAUCCGGACGCUUUGAAACUUCUCGCAAACGUUUAUGAUCUUUGUGAGGUCGAACGGGAUGUCUUUGACAAGGUUUGCAAAAAAUACCCUUCUGUGGAUCUGGUGUACGAGUAUUUCACUUUUAGUGUCGCUAGAGGCGAUAUUUUGGGCAUGCAAAAAGCUUCUAUGCUUUUGACAAGAGCCGUUGCAACGGCAAAGCAGUCUGUGGAUACUCAGCUAUUCAAAUUCUGGGCUGCAACAUGUCUGAUGCUCGCGUGUCGCUGCUGUAGCUUGGCUCCUUCGGUGCAAAAGCUGUAUCCGCAAUUGGGCGUCAGAUUGAUGGAGCAGGUAGGACUUCCAACAGCACAGCACGUUUAUGUCUACGUUCGUCUGCUUCAGCUUGCUGGUAGGGAGGAUGAUAGCUUAAGGUUCAUGGAGAACUUUCUUGCCAAAGAGAACGACUUGGAGCUCAAGAUUAUUUACUUAGAAACUUUGGACAAAAUGGACGAGUCGGAAGAGCUUUUUAGAGUUUGCCAGAACUACUUGACUCGCCUCAAUGAGGACGACUGGGACACAUGGAAACUGCUCAUCAAAGCCGCCAAAGCAACCAAAAAGCUUGACAGAUGCAGAGAGCUAAUUGCGUCCUACUCUUCUCGUAACACCGGACUUGCUGCUAUUGAGCUUGGUGAGCCUGAUGCAAUUCAGCAAUAUUUUCAUGAUUACGGGACGAAGCUUUGCUGCUUCACUGAUCUGAAGCCGUAUGUUAAGAAAGGCGUUUCUAACGAGGCAUUUUUGAAGAGCAGCUAUGAUACAAUUGUGAGUCUGAAAGAGCCGACACUUGAUCAGCUGAUUAUUGCGGUCAACUACAUGAAGUUCAAGGCGCUGGAUGCUAGAGACAAACAGUUAGUCACCGACUGCUGUAUGCUGUACAACAAAACGAAGUUCCACCUCAACCGCCUCGAAAAGUUCGAUUAUUUUCCUGGCUACGAGUUCCUAAUUCUCGCUAUCGAGGCGUUGAUAGAGCACUCGAGCUUUGACUUGGAACUGGUCUAUUCGUUGAUUGUGAUUCUCGAAGAAGCUUUGGUCAAAAACAAAUACGAGUUCCAUUUGAAGCUCUGGCUGAUCAGAUUGUACACAAUUGCUAAUCUCCAGCCUGCUGCAGACGAGCUUUAUAGGUCUCUUAAGAUCAAGUUCGUUCAGCACGACACACUGUCCUAUCUCAUUGGCACAAGACGGUCAAUCGGAGCAGGCCCCUUGGUGGAGGUGGCCAGGUUCUACACCCAAAACGUCCACAGGGAGAUACCUCACAUGAUAAUCAGCGGGUUCCAGAGCACGGCGAUGAACAAAAUUCAAGGUUUUAUGGAGUUCUACAACAGGCUCAUCACUUCCUUUGCCAAAAUAUCUACUGCUGUGGAGCUGAUCAGAACAUACAGGCUCAAAGACGACCAAAAGAGCGUGGAUGAACAGGUCUCUGUGCUGCGGAGUCUUCGUGCUCGAGAAAUUAGCGACAAUAGAGAUUUCAAAACGUUCUGGGACUGCGGCGUUCAUGAGCGUGUUGCGGAGGUGGACAGCAAGUUGCCGCCAUACUAUUCUAUUGCUCACUUGCGGCUUUUGAUGCUCAGAGAGCUCCUCGUCUACGACCCUGAGUCGCGCAAAACGGAGGAAAGAAAGAAGGAGUUGCUGGAGCUUCAUGCCAAAGUGCAGCUGUACGACAUCGAAAAGUGGAGCUUCUCGGUCUUAUUUCAGCAUUUUGACGGCACGGAACCGCUUCCUCUGCCUCCAAAGCCGGAUACAAUGCUUUCAUCGGAGUUCAACUACUACCAUGCCGUGGUGGUGGACACUUACAAGCAGAUCGCAUAUCUAAAAGGAAACACCAGGCAUUUAAAGUCAAUCUUGACGACCCUUCGCAACGAAAACAGAGAGUACAAAUCGAUGGCCAGAAAACAACUUGAGGAUGUGAGAAAAAAGGUCAAGGUGUUCUUGAAAAAUAAUUUCAAAGAGCUCGACAUCAGUGACAACUCCAUCAGCACGUCCUUCGCUAAAAUGAGGCAGGAUCUAGAUAGCUCGAUCGCAUAUUUGCAGGGACUAUAG